UCCUCCUUCUUUGCUCCGUUCUCUUCCGUUCUUUCUCCUCCCUUCACCCCAACCAGUCACCCAUUUGUCCAUCUCUACUCUACACUCACGCAUCCCCAUUUUCGCAUCGCCGCCUCCGUCAUAAUGACCAACGAUUCCCCGGAGGAGGAGAGCCGAGGAAGGAGGGUGACUCGGCCGAGCCGAGCAGACGACAAUGUCACCAUCCUGACAUCAUCCAUGGAUGUUUACAGAAGCCGGAGCCGAGCCAGCAGCAGCAACGACGCUGUCGCCAGCUUCACAUCCUCCGCGGACCUGAGCACCUCCUCCCUGGAACUGAGCAUCCAGACGCGAAUCUUUAAGAUAAUCGUUAUUGGGGACUCCAACGUAGGGAAGACGUGCCUCACCUUUCGCUUCACUGGCGGAAGCUUUCCUGACCAGACUGAGGCCACAAUCGGCGUGGACUUCAGGGAGAAGGCAGUGGAAAUUGAAGGAGAGACGAUCAAGGUGCAGGUAUGGGACACAGCUGGCCAGGAGCGAUUUCGGAAAUCCAUGGUGGAACACUACUACCGUAAUGUCCAUGCAGUCGUAUUUGUUUAUGAUGUCACAAAAAUGGCUUCCUUCCGCAACCUGCAAACAUGGAUAGAGGAGUGUAACGGUCAUCGAGUUUCAGCAUCAGUACCUCGAGUCCUAGUGGGGAACAAGUGUGACUUAGUGGACCAAGUACAGGUGCCAUCCAACAUGGCGUUGAAGUUUGCCGACUCCCACAACAUGCUGCUGUUUGAGACAUCUGCAAAGGACCCAAGAGAGAGUCAGAAUGUGGACUCAAUUUUCAUGUCACUGGCCUGUCGACUGAAAGCCCAAAAAUCUCUCCUCUACAGAGAUGUGGAACGUGAGGACGGGAGAGUACGACUCACACAGGAGACUGAGACAAAGAGCAAUUGUCUUUGUUGAGGACAAGAGCAACUGGUAGAAGUAAUGGAAUGGAAUGGAACAUCUAAACAACGGUGCAUGUCGAGGCGAGUGAGGAGCGUGAUGACGGGCGUGUAGUCUUUAUGUGUUUUUACUGGUUCAGGAGCAAGAUGAUGCUUAUGGCUUAGACUGAAAGCAACAUAUCUGAUGGAAGAGGAGGAAAGGCUCUGGGCUUUAGUACACGGUUAGAGGGAAAAUGUGCUCAUGACGGAUCGAAGGAAAGACGAACAGUUAUUAUGAGUUCUGAAAUGAGUGUGCUUUGUUUUACUGUAUGAGUAAUUGUAAGGUUACGGAACUUCCUCAACCAGUGGCCCUCUCUGCUCGAGAUGGUGCCUAGUUGUGAAGUUAGUCAAGGGGUUU